ACAGUAGUCUUGAGUUUGCCACAUUGACAACAGUGUUAAAUGUAUAUUUCAAAGUGAAAUGGCGAUACAUCAUGAGACAACAAUUAUCAAAUCAAUUGAUCCUGGUGAUGAAAUUGUUAUUUCGGGUAUAUCUGGAAGAUUUCCUGAAUGUAACAAUAUGGAAGAACUGAAAAAUAAUUUAUUCAGUAAAGUCGACAUGGUAACUGAUGAUUGUCAUCGCUGGAAAAAUGAUAUCAAUGGUGUGCCAAUGAGAAGUGGAAAAAUAAAAGAUAUUGAUAAAUUUUAUGCAUCAUAUUUUGGUUUAAAUGCUAAUCAAGCAAAUGCAACUGAUCCAAUGUGUCGUAUAUUAUUGGAGUGUGCUUAUGAAACAACUGUUGAUGCUGGUGAAAAACCAAAUAAGAUAUCUGGUAGAACAGAAGAAGCUGUUGAUUAUCAAUCAACUAAUAUUGAAAAUCGACUAAUGGAUACUGAAUUUAUGAAAUUAAUUCAUGGUAUUUAUGCUGAUGAUAUACCAAGUCAUUUGGAUCGUGGUGAAUGGAAUGAUCAGCAAUUGAUAAAUCAUACUCGAGAUAGAUUAUCACGUACAAUCGCGGCAAAAAAAUGGAAUACAAAAAUUUUUGAUAAAUUAUCAAGAAAAUUGUGUCCAAUGUUAAAUUAUUUUGUUGUAUUUUCAUUGAUUAUUUGUAGUCAUCCAAUUGCUUGGUCAACAAAUUAUUCAAUGGCUAAUUCAAUAAUAGAAAGAAUUGGUUGAAAACGUAUUGAUGACAAAUUACCAGCAUUAGCAAUUCAAUGGGGUGGUAUUGCUGAUGUUGGAUUGGUAUCAAAAAUUGAUAAAAACA